AUGAAGAGCCUAUGGAAGAUCAAUGAAAAGUCGCUGAAGCUCAACAGCCGCACGAACACCACUAUCUCGGUCAGUGUACCCCCAGCGAAUCCGGAUUUUACUGCAGUCGCUAUCGACGCGCAUGUUACGACUAUACCGCAAUUGCUCAGCGAUCUGGGCACUUCGGACGUUCAUGGUUUAACGAAGAAUGAAGCUGCUCGACGGCUAGAGACACAUGGCGAGAAUUUGUUAGAGGGCAAGGAUGGCGUCUCAGCAAUAAGGGUAUUAAUCGGGCAACUUGCAAACGCUUUGACAUUGGUCCUCAUUGCGGCCCUGGCACUCAGUUUUGGCGUUGGCGAUUUCGUAGAAGGAGGUGUUAUUGCAGCGGUCAUCGUCCUCAAUACAACUGUUGGCUUUUUCCAGGAAUAUCGAGCAGAGAAGACUAUGGACUCUCUCCGUCAACUCUCCUCGCCUACCGCGGUCGUAAUUCGCAAUGGAGAGAGCGCGGCCAUACCAGCCAAGAAUGUUGUCCCUGGUGACCUGGUGAUGAUUAAAGUCGGUGACGUCGUGCCGGCGGAUAUGAGGAUGAUCACCGUCUCCAAUUUGGAAGUCUCCGAACAGCUUCUGACGGGAGAAUCGAUACCUGUUCCCAAGAAUACCCAGACUUUCAAAGGCGAGGAUAUCGACAUGCCCAUCGGCGAUAGGCUAAAUCUCUGCUAUGCUUCCACAAUUGUUACGAAGGGCAGAGGAACAGGCGUCGUAAUCGGCACGGCAAUGAAUACUCAAAUCGGACACAUUGCGACAGCUAUGAGCAGCAGCAGCACUCGCAACGACGAAGGAGAAAUCAGCCACGUUCCGUGGUACACGCGCGCCUACGAAAAGACCAUGGUUAUCCUCGGUCUUCGCACUGGUACACCGCUACAAAUUAAGAUGAAUCAACUCGCGUACAUCCUCUUUGGCUGUGCCUUCAUCCUCGCUAUCAUCGUGUUCAGUGUCGCCAAAUUCAAGGUCAAUGAUGAGGUUGCGCUAUAUGCUAUUGCAUGUGGGAUCGCUAUUAUUCCGGAGUCUUUGAUUGCUGUCUUGACCUUGACAAUGGCUGUCGGUACCAGGCAUAUGGCGAGGCAACAGGUCAUCGUGCGCAAACUCGAUGCUUUGGAGAACUUGGGCGGCGUUACCGAUAUCUGCAGCGAUAAAACUGGUACAUUGACUCUAGGUCAAAUGUCUGUUCGCAAGAUGUGGCUUGCAGGAGAGCCUGCUAAGGACUCUGAAUACACGGCUGAGAUCGUCUCUGACAACGCUAUCGAACCUGUUGGCCCGAUUCACGUAGGCGCCGAUGGACCUACAUUGGAUCCUAAGACGCUGGAAGAAGGCCUCCGCCGCGCCGUUGAGGCUGUCGCACUCUGCAACGUUGCCACGAUCCACAAGAACUUGAAGGGCGAGUGGAAGUCUACCGGUGAUCCCACUGAGGUUGCUCUGCAAGUAUUCGCCACGAAGUUGUCGCUUGGGAGGCCGACUUUGACGUCGGACAAGCUGGGCCCUGCGGAUGCACCCCGGCUCCGCCCUGCCAUGGGAGAGAAGAUCGGUGGGGAUCCCUCUGUUACGUUCCCCGACGAAGAGAAGGAGGUUCCCAAGCGCUACACACUGGCUGUCGAAUUCCCUUUCUCUAGCGAGCUGAAGAGAAUGACCACCAUCUACUUUGACACCGAGGGUAAAGGCGCGUUGUGCAUCAUCAAGGGUGCUGUUGAACGUAUCUUGGACGCCUCUACCACAUAUACGCCGUCGCCGCUGACCGACCCCACCGCCACUGCUCCCUUGACACCUGAAGUCAAAGAACGCAUCCUUGCGAAAGCCGAAGAACUCGCGUCCCAGGGUCUUCGCGUUAUCAGCAUCGGUCAGAAGCGUAUCGAUUCCGCCAUUGCACGAGAAAUCUCUCGAGAGGAUUCGGAGAAGGAGCACACGUUCUUAGGUCUUGUAGGCAUCUUUGACCCCCCUCGUCCAGAGACACUCGGAGCAGUCAGGGCUUGCAAAGCAGCUGGAAUCGUGGUGCACAUGUUGACUGGAGAUCAUAUCACAACUGCUCGUGCUAUCGCUGAAGCCGUCGAGAUCAUCUCGCCUGACGCUCCCAAGAGUGCUGUUAUGACUGCUGCCGAAUUCGACCACUUGACGGACAAGGAAAUUGAUGCACUCCCUGAACUACCACUGGUUAUUGCUCGCUGUGCUCCAGAGACUAAGGUCCGAAUGAUCCAUGCUGGAAAGCGCCGCGGCAAACACAUGUCUAUGUCUGGCGAUGGUGUCAACGACUCUCCAGCUCUCAAACUGGCGCCUGUUGGUAUCGCUAUGGGUAUGGGUGGCUCUGAUGUUGCAAAGGAUGCUUCUGAUCUUGUCUUGACCGACGAUAACUUUGACUCUAUUCGAGCCGCCGUAGCUGAAGGACGCAGAAUCUUCAUCAACAUCCAGCGUUUCAUCCUUCAUCUCCUUACUACGAACGUCGCCGAAGUUGUUGUCCUCAUUGUCGGUUUGGCCUUCCUUGACGAGGCUAGAUCUUCUGUCUUCCCUCUUUCACCUCUUGGUGUCCUCUGGGUUAACAUGAUCACCAGUUCGCCUCCUGCCUUCGGUUUGGGCUUGGAGAAGGCGCCUGCUAAUCUCAUGAAGCGACGACCUUAUUCUGUGAAACAAGGAGCUUUUACAUGGCCCGUCAUCAUCGACUGUCUUUCCUAUGGUACUGUCAUGGGAGCCACAUGUUUGCUGAACUUCGUCAUCGUCAUCUACGGCGUCGAAGGCGGGCAGCUGGCCCGCGAUUGCAACCACUCCGCUUCCGAAGCCUGUGAUGCGGUCUUCAGAGCUCGAUCCACUGUUUUCGCUACCCUUAUCUUUGAGAUCCUCCUCUAUGCCAUCGUCCUCAAGUCGUUCGAACGAUCCAUCUUUGCUUUGACGCCAGGUCAACCGUUCUGGGUGGAUUGGUGGGCGAACAAGGUUUUGUUCUGGUCCGUUGUUAUUGGAAUGGUCAGCGUUGUACUUCCCAUUUACGUGCCAACCUUCAACACCAAUGUCUUCUAUCAAAAGGGCAUCAGUUGGGAGUGGGGACUGGUCGUCGGAAUGACCAUCGUCUUCGUUUUGUGGUCUGAGCUAUGGAAGGUGUUGAGGAAGCACCUCUACAGACGAUGGGAGCCUGCUCCCGUUGACGAGUCGCCGACCGCCUAA